AUGGUGCGUCAGUUCUACAUCGGGAUGAUGUCGCCCGUCACACACAAAAGGACCGUCUCAGAAGCAUUUGCAGUAACCAACGGUGUGAAACAGAGCUGCGUACUCACCUCCACGCUCUUCAGCCUCAUAUUCUCUGCCACGCUGACGGACGUCCACGGCGAUGGGUGCCCCGUGAUCAGUAUCGUCUACAAGACUGACGCCCUCAGCACCAACCUUCUCAAUAGUCGACGCAUGCAGGCCUCAACGCGCCUCUCCACAACUACUGUCCACGAUUUGCUCUUCGUUGAUGACUGCGCGCCCAACACCGCGACAGAAGCUGACAUACAACGGAGCUUAAACUCCUUCGACUCCGGCUGA